AUGAAGAGCCUUGAGCAUAACGACUCAUACUCAAAAUAUAAUCCACUCAUAGAUGAAACACUUUGGCUUAACGAAGAUUAUGAAGAGGAGGAUGAAUAAAUUGUUGAAGGAUUGCACUUAUAUAGGUUUUCAAGACAAGCAAAAUUUUAUGAUGCUCUCAAAGUGAAAUUGUUAAAAGAACUUGAAAAGGAAUUUAAAUAGGUAUUAUAAAAUUAGAUUAAUUAGAACUCAGUUUCAACUGCCAGAAUUUAGCCUCUGCAAAUAGAAACAAUCUGA